AUGAAAUAUAAUCUAAAUAUUGAAAGUUUGAAGAAUAAUUUUUAAGGUUUUUGUCGAAUUCUAGAAGAUAGUUUAGAGUAAAAUAUUGAUAUAUCAAUUACAUUCCAUGAAUUAAAUUAAAUGACAAAAGGAUUGAUAUAAGAAUUAGAAAAUUAUUAGUUUUUUAAUGGAGAUAAGAUGUUAAAAAUAAAUUUAAAUGAAUUUUCUGAAAUAGUAGAAUAAGACAAGGAAUUAGAGUAAUCAUUAAAAGAUCAUGUAAGAUAAAAGUUAAGCUUGAAUAAUGAUAUUUAAUGGAUAAUUGAUAAUAAUCAAAUAAUUACAGAUUUAAAUUGUAAAUUAAUAGUAGAAGAAUAUCUAAAUAAGUUAUUUAUAAUUGAGACUUAAUUUAAAGAAUAUAUUGAUUUUCUUUAGACUUAAAGAAAUAUAAAAACAAUAUGUAUAAAGCAAGAAAGACCAUUAAAAGGAUAUAUAUAGGAUUCCAAUUAAGACUUUUAUUAUUCUUAUAAAAUAUAUGGUUAUAAACAUUUUGAUAUUUCAGAAAUAUUUAAAAAGCAAAUUAUUCGAUAAGAAUUAUAUGUAAGUAUGUUUCAUGUAUUUACAACAUAUUACAUUCCAAAAAUGAAGAUUUUGAUUGAAAAAUAUUAUUAUGUUUAUGUUGAAGUAGAUGAAGAGGAAGAAUAUGUAAAUUAUAAUAUAAAUAUUUAGGUUGUUCUUUAUGGUCCAAUUAAUUUAGUAAAAGAAGCUGAAGAAAUAAUUAUGAGAGAAUAUAAACAACUAUAAUUAUAUCAUGGAAUAAUUAAAUCAGAGGGUUUAACUGAAGAAUAAUUUUAAUUUUUAUAAGUUAAUGAAUUUUUAAAAGACUCUUUAUAUUAGAAUUAUGAAGUUCCUAAAUAAACAUCAGCAAUUUUAGAAUAAUUAGAGGAAAGUUUGAAAGAUAUUAAAAGUAUGGCUUUUUAGGCAGUGAUUUUUGCUGGUAAAUACAAUUAUUUUAAAAACUAUAGAAUAUUAAGAUAGUGGUUUAGAUGGAAAUUGUAUUUUAUGUUCUAAUUUUGAGUUAGAUUAAUAAAGAAUUGAAUAAAUAUUAGAAACUGAAGUUUAAAAAUUAGCAUCUAUUAAUAAGAAUGGAAAUUGUGUAGGUUAUUUUUAGAUUGUAUAUGGAAUGAAAUUAAGUGCUUAAUUAAAAUAAAAAUUAAAUGAUCAUUUAAAAGUUAUUACUGAAGAAAUUCAUAAUUAAAAUCAAAAAAAUUAUUUAUUAAUGCAAGAUUAUUCAGAAUUGUAGAAUUAUGAAAUGUAAUUCAAAGUUAAAUUAGAUUCUAAUAAUGAAAAAUUCUUCAUUACUGGAAAAUAAGAUUAAAUUAAGAAAUUUAAAGAAAAUUUAUAAAAUAUUUUAGUAUCAAAAUUAGAUAUUAUUGAUUACUAUUAAUAUAAGAAUAAUUUUAAUAUUAAAGCAGCUAUGAUUGAUUAUAAAGAUAGAUAUCAUUAAAUCAUAACUUAAAAUGAAUGUAAAGGUAUUUUUUCAUUUCUAUUAUUUAUAGUUGAGGCAAAUUUAUUAAAUACAAGAAUAAAAGUAACUGGAAAGCAAAUGAAUGUUUAAUAAUUAAAAUUAGAUUUAUAAGAAUUAGAAAAAGAUAUUUAAUAAGAUAAAAUAACAAAAUAAAUUACUAUUGAUAUACCAAAAGGAAUCAAUUUUUCGUAUAAAUUACAAAUUUAAUUAGAUAAUUAAUCAAAAAUAUUUAACAAAAAUAUCCAUCAAUUGAUUUAGUUGCUGGAGCAUGUGAUGAAGUUAAUCUUGCUUAAAUUUAUUCUUUUCGUAGAAAAUAAACUAGAAUUAAAAUUUGUAAUGGAUCACCAAUUGGUUUAUUUGAGAUAAAGGCUGAAUUAAUGAAAUUAAAUAAAGCAUUAUUCAUUAUACCAUUAGAAAAAGUUCAUUAGGAACUUCAAAAACCUUAAUUAUAAUGGGAAUUAGAGUUAAUUUAAAAAAGAUCUAUGGAUAUCAAAUCAAUAUCUGAUACUAAAUAAUAUAAAUUAAUUAAAUAUUCUGUUGAAAUCACAGAAACUAAUUCAAAUAUUAAUACAAAAGAUAAAAAAAAGAAACCAAAAAUUGAAACUAUAGAAUAUUUUAUUUGUUAACUUUAUUACAAAAACUAUUUUAAACCAGAAAACUUUAUAAAUUAUUUUGAUAAGGAAACAUUAAGCAAUUCACUUAAUAAACUAGUUAAUCAAUUUUAAGUUAUUUAACCGAAUUAAAUAUAUAUCUCUUGUUAUAAUGAUAAAGGCUAAAAUUAUCAAUAGAUAAUUGAAUUUGUUAUUAAAGAAGGAUAGUAUAUAUUAAAUAUUAUCAUUUAGUCCAAAAUUAAAUAUUUUUUUUUUAAUGAGUUAAGCAGAAAACAUGGAAAGCCUCAAAUAGGAUCUUCUUAAGGACUUUGAUGAAGAAGAGAACUAAAGAUUAAAAAUAACACAACAUUUUUCUAUUUUUGGAUGCAUUUAAGAUAAUAUUUCAUCAGUUAUUGAUGAUUUAAAUAAUAUAUAAUGA